AUGACCUCUUUGGUAGAGAGCACCCAUCACUUCACCUCGAGAUGCACCGAGGUCGGUCUUAGCCGGGACACGCUCCGUGCUUUUGCAGCUCAUGGAAUCGACACUUUGAGUAAGUUGGCUUACUCGUGCGGGCAACCGGGGGCGCCGCUGCCUCAAUCGGACUUUGAUGACUUCAUUGCUACUGUGAUACCUGCUGCUCUCUUGGGCGAGAAGGGAAGUGUGAAGAGGCUCAUCUUUGAGAGUCAGGCAUUACUGCUCACUGAUCUGCGUGAACAAGUUACGCAGCCCGACAAGUGGGCUACCAAAAAUGUGCCGACCGUCGAACGGCAGAAGAGAAUGGAAGCUGUGAAAGCCAGCAUCCCAGGAGUGUUGGUUGAAGGGUCCUUGGAGCCGUCGCAUGGGCUCCUCAAUGCUGCUUGCCGCAUGGAACGUGAAGGCCAGCUGCGCUACAUUGCACCUGAGCAGUGUGGCGCAAGAAUGUAUGAAAUCCAGAACGUCAAGGCGCAGAGCAAGGUUCUUUCUUUGGAAGAGGGCAAGCUUGCGAUUUCAGAAGAAAAGGAUUUGCCUGAGGUCACUUGUGGGUCCGCCUUGUUGCUGCAGGAGGCUUUGAAAAGUAUGUACAAUGUACUGAAGCUCUUCGGCCACAUGGGUCGAGAGCCCCCUCCGGGGCACGCGAGAACCAGUGUGCACCAGCUCCUCAUUGCUGACCGCCAGAUUUGGACAAAGUUGAUCGAGGACGAGGUUAGCCCAAGGCGCAGCCCUGCCGGCACCUACCCCGUGGACGAUGCACUGUUACCCGUCACUGUUGCGCUGCUCCCCAGGGAAUCCUCUAAAGAUGGCAAGAAGCGGUUUGCUCCGACCAAGAAGCAUCCGAGUGAGCGUGAACAGAAGGUUGGCAAAGGUGACGGAGGCAAGGGUUCUGGCAAAGGCAAGGGCAAGCGUCCAGCAUGGCAGCCAAGUGUGCCAGCGGCUAUACGCAAACUCGGCGGGAGUGCUCAAACUCCGGACAAGAAGCGCAUUUGUUUCUCCAGGAAUCUGCCUUGUGGUUGCACCCUUGGCCCGUGCCCGAAAGGUCUUCAUGUUUGCGCACUGUGUCUCUCCCCCGACCAUGGCAUCCAGGAGUGUCCACAGCGCAAAAAGUCAAAUCCGCGCCACACUGCGGAUGUGCAUAUGGUGACCGAUGACGGAGAGGGCAUCGCAGCAACAAUUGCCGCGACCUCGACUGGAGGUCAAGACUACCCAUUGCAUGAUAGCAGCUUGGUUGCACCGACCGGGCUUGUGCUCCAAGCUUUUCCGGAAGCCGAUUUUGGCGCGGUUGCAGUUUUUAAGAAUUUGCGAACACCUCUACAUGUCGACAUUAACAACUCUCCGGGAUCGGUAAAUUACUUGAUUCCUGUGUCCUCUUUCACAGGUGGCGAGGUGUGGCAAGAAGGACAGGGAUCUGUUUUUGUGCGCGAUGAGUUGGGCCAUCCACUCAUGGGCUCGCUCCUUCCGGUUGCAGAUGGGCCCUGUGUCGUAGAUCCGCGACGCACCCAUUGUACCAUGCCGUGGGUCGGAGAGCGAGUGCUUCUCGUUGCAUGUAAGCCUGCGCACACUCGUGCUUUGUCCAUAGCCUUCAAGCAGCAACUCCAGAGCUUAGGCUUUCCGAGCCGGGCAUUAGGUUUGUGUGCGUCGGAGGAAAAUCUGUUGCCUCCAUCACCGCCCCUGCCAGAGGCCAGCUUGCUGCCGAUGAGACCGGUUCUUCCGAACUCUGAUGUCGUCUGGAACGACCCCCUUGUCAUCGAGCUCUUUGCGGGCAACGGCCGUGUCACUGCUUGUCUCAAGCAGUUGGGACUUUCGGCUGCUGGGGUUGACCGUAAUCCUAGUAAGUCCGUGUCCUUCUGUCUGCCGGCGGACCUCACCUCGGCUCGCGGCCAGAAGCUGUGGAAGGAGUGGCUCGCCUCUCCUAGAUUGGCCGGCAUUUUUGCUACGCCCCCAGCCUUCACUGCUGCCAAUGCUGAUGCAAUCACAUUCUUGUUGCAUGUGUUGUCCACGGCCUUGACCAAUGGAGUCCUUUGUGCCGUCGCGAAUCCCCGACAAAGUCGCUUCUGGCAAAACCCUGAGUGGAGGACCGUUGCCUCCUCUUUUCGUUUUGUUGCCUGCCAGGAGUGUACCUUCGGCGGCAGACAUGACGAUCACACCGUCUUCGCAGUGUCAGAUAGUGGCUUUGACAAGUUGGCUCGUUCCUGCCCCGGCCCUCCGUGCAAAGUCUUGAAUCGCUGCCCUGAUCCUGGCACCGGUACCAUGCCGCAUUCCGUCGCCGAUGUAAGGCGUUACAUCGCAGAGGCACGGAGUUCAGAGUUCAGUCUGAAAUUCAAGAGACUGACUGGGCAUCCGGCAUCCAUAAUGGGAAUUCACGAGGCCAUCCUGGACGGUGAUCACCUCUCACGAGAGAAGAAGGCAAGCAGCUGCGAGCUGCUGAUGUGGGAAUCUCUGACGAUGAUGACUAGGCAGGAAUCACCUUUGAAGCCUUUCAACACCUACCCAUAA